UACCGCAAAAUCUUCGACUACUGGUAAGUAAACCAAGUCCCUGAACAGUUUCUGAAGAAAGCACAUUUAAUAUUACGUGCUACAUGAACUAUAAAGUAUGAAACCACAAACAUUGCUCACAUAGUUCAAUGAUGACAGUUUACCAUUGUGUGUCACGAAGAGGUGACGUCUUGAAGUCUUCCUGACGUGCUGACGCUUUAAAGUUCAGGAGCAAACAUUACAUUCAAAUGUAUUUUAUUGUACAACAAUAUAGUUUCGAUCGUCAAGUGAAAUACAGUAGUCCUUUUUCAAUUGAAGUUGACAGCUGAUUUCACGCACGCUCCAGCAGUGGACUCAUCUCUUAACUCAGAGGGGCCAUCCAACCGAGGCAGAGUAUAAGACGAUCACCGAGAUGACCAGGAGAGAAAAUUGCCCUCUGGAGCCUGUUCCUCCCGGUCCCCCGGCAGCAGCAUCAGAGAUGCUGACCAAGAGCAUCUUGCGACGAAGCUUCUCCUGCCUGCGCCUCAGUAAACAUAUCACCCUCUACAUGAAUGAGCAUGUUGCACCCGCACCGUCAGAUCACACCUACGAGGACCAGAAGCCUCUGACGCUGAUGCUGCCGUGGUUGGGAGCGCGUCCCCAGGCCGUAGCCAAAUAUUGCGACAUCUACCUGCGCACUGGCUUUGAUGUCCUCGUCGUCGAGAGUGAGGUACAAGAAUUCCUAUGGCCUCGUUGGAGUUUGCAACACGGCAAGAAGCUGGUGGAGUUGUUGCACAGUGACCGCUUUGCGUCGCGGCCGCUGCUCGUCCACGCCUUCUCCAUCGGCGGUUACACCUUCGCACAGGUGAUGGUGCUUGUAUCCGAGGACCCGCAGAAGUACAAGACACUCACCGGGAGGAUCAAAGGACAAAUCUAUGACAGCCUGGUGGUGGGCUCUGUGGAGUUGAUGGCUUCAGGUGUGGCCAAGAUCGCAUUUCCUCGCUGGGAGACGGCAGUGAAACAAAUGAGCCUGCUGUACUUCAACACGUUCAAGCGUCAAACCACUGACUACUAUAACAAGAGCAUCCAAGUCUUCUGGAAUUCUCCCUUCACCGCGCCCGCGCUCUUCUUCUACUGCGACAACGACCCGCUGAGUGACCCGCGUGCCCUGGAGGAGGUCAUCGACUUCUGGCGGGGGCGUGCUGUGACCCUCACCGCUAAGAAAUGGGAGUGUUCCAAACAUGCCGGCCACCUGAAGGCCCACCCGCAAGAGUACGUCGACACUCUGGAAUCCUUCGUCCACUCGCUUUCUCUUGUUCCGCUCAAAGCUAAGAUGUAGCUUGAGAAGGGGAGAGGGGUGUGGGGGGGGGGGGGCAAACUCACUCCAAACUUGGCCCACUUGCUGUUACUAACUUCUCAGGUUCUAAUAGUUGUAGUCAACUCAUUUAGUCAACUUAUUUAUUUGAAAUGCAACAAGUGUUGUCGUAACAAAUGUACAUUUCAGGUCUAUAUUUACAAUGAAGGAGUUUUAAGACCAAACAACAAACAAAACAGUACAUCUGCAUUCAUAUAGCGCUUUCACAAGAGUGCAGCUGUCACAAAGCGCUUAAGGCUGCAUUGAGGAAAAAAAAAAAUAGUAUUCCACUACAAGAUUAGAGUUGUAAUCUUGUGAGGAUGAAGGUGAACUGUCUCAAAAGAAAUUUGUAAAUUUUCCCCCCAAAAAGUUUUGGGGUUCUUUUCCUUCUUGACUUUUUUUUUUUUUAGAUAAAAAUUGUCCGUUUGAGAAAAUAAGUUAAUUUUCAGAAAUAAAGUUGCAUUUUAUGAAGGAAGAGUCCUAAUUUUAUCAGAGUGAAGUGUAA